AUGGAAGGAACAAGUGAUGUUUCAGUACUAAAGAUGUUGAAUCAUGAGUUGGUGAAAUUGAAUCCCUUUGAUGGAACCAAUUUUUCUCGAUGGAAAGACAAGAUGAAAUUCUUACUUAUUGCACUAAAACUUUUCUAUGUCUUGGACUCGAAUUUGAUGCCUUUCCCUACUGCAAGUGAUGAAGACAUUGAUGAGAUAAAGGUACAAAGAAAGAAACAGGAGGAAGGCAAACUAAUUUGCAGAGGGCACAUUCUCAAUACUCUUUCGAAUCGUCUCUAUGAUCUCUACACAUCAAUGAAUUCACCAAAGGAGAUUUGGAAUACGUUGGAGGCAAAGUUCAAAACUAAGAAAGUAGGUACGAACAAGUUUAUUAUUCAAAAGUACUUUGAUUAUAAAAUACUUGAUAAUAUUUUAGUUUUGGAUCAAGUGCAUAAGUUACAGAUAUUGGUCAAUAACCUCCGUGAUUUGUCAAUCAAUAUUCCUGAAUCAUUCCAAGUGGGAGCAAUCAUUGCAAAACUCCCACCAAGUUGGAAUAAUUUUAGGAAGAAGCUUUUGCAUAUGUCAGAAGAUCUCACUUUAGAACAGUUUGGACAUCAUCUCCAAAUUGAAGAGGAAUGUUGGGCUAGAGAUGGGACUAACAUCGAUUCUAAAGUGAAUGUGAACAAUGUGAGCAAUGUUCAAAGUGGGAGUUCGAGUAAGACCGAUAAGCACUUGAAGGUGAACAAGAGUGGGAAUGGUUUCAAGAAGAACAACUCCAAGAAUCCCAGCAAGGAUAAGAAGAACCGAGCUUGUUUCCAUUGUGGAAAGAAAUGUCAUUACAUUCACAAAUGUAAACUCCUAAAGCCAAUGAAACAAAUGUCAUUUAGGACAUUGUUGCUAUGA